GGCUGAGAUUAAAUGAAUAACAUGUAAAAAUAUUGUGAAUCAAGGCUCAUAUGAAAUUUGAUGAGAGAAUACUACUCCUUAAAGGCUUAUAUAGAAAGUGGAUCAUGAGGACUAUGGUAAUUGCAUUAAAAGCACCAAUUCUCUUCACUUUCUCUUUACAAUUUUUGAAUCUCUUAUCUCUCUCUCUCCACAACUACAAGACUCCUAUGACUGUAAAAGCAAGAGAGAGAAGAGAAAACAGCAAAUCUUAAAGAAUGAAAUAAAGAGGAAAACAAAAAAGCUAGUCAAUUGUUUAACUCACACUCUCUCUCCCUCUCUCUCCUCUAUCAAAUUCUCUAAAAUUGGCAUUGAACAGAUAAAAAAAGAUCUCCAUCUUAGCUUCUUCUCUAUCCUUUGGCUAUCUCUCUCUCUAAAUUAUUCACUCACUCUUCGUCUUCUUCUGUUUCAUGCAAGAUUCAAAGGCCUCACCUGCAAGAAAACCUUGGUACCAGAGAGCUAUGGCGGUCGCCAGAUUCGCAACGAAUUGGAGAACAAUCCCUAAAUCAUCAUCACAACAACCAGAGAAUCUUCGUCCGUCUCGAAACCCUAGCGUCAACAACAAGUCAUCGAAUCAAAGCCAAAUUCAUCACCAGCUGAGAAAAUGCUCGUCUUUGAAACUAGCUGCGAAUUCGUUCACUAGGGUUUGUCUCUGCGCUCCUAUCGGUCCAUACGACGACGUUUUCCGAAAUUACGUCCCGCCGAGAAGAAGUUCAAGCUAUCCUCCGUCGAAGCCUCUUCCUAUGGUGACGGAGACGGCGGUGGCGGUGGCAGCGGCGAGGAUGAGUGUGGAUUCAGGGAGGAGGAUAUUUAGAGGGAAGUCUUUGAGGGAGAACGCGUUGAUGAGGAGGUUCGUGGUGGCGGAAGAAGAAGCGAUGAUGGAGAAUAGAAAGAGAGAUCAAAUGGAGAUUGUGAGGAAGAGAAAUCAGAUGAGGAGGAAGAAGAAGCUUGGACCUAGUCCUCUUAGUCGUAUGGUUAUCGCUGAAGAUCAUCAAGUUUGUCAUCUUUGAAACUUUUCCAUCAAGAACAGAGAAACAAAAAACAUUGGAAAGAUUUUUUUGGUUUUUGUAAUUGUGUUUUUUAAUUCAGAGAUAUUUAACCAGAAUGCGCUGCCGUUUAAAACCCCCUUUUAAACGGUGCCGUUUUUGUUACUUUAGUUUUUUUUUUUCUUGGGAAUUUUGAAUGAAGGAUGGAGCUAAUUAAUGGUUUACU